AUGUCCAUUGAACACCCGGUCGAUGUCUUGAACACUGUCAAUCUCGUCACACAAUGUCUGUGUAUUCCAAUCGUUACUUUAUUUGUUUGCUUUCGCUUUUAUACCCGGAUUCGAUUUAAACAGUCCCUAGGAGUGGAAGAUUAUGGCUGUCUCAUCGCUUGGCUCCUGUUCAUGGGAUACUGUGGAAUCGGUAUCGUCAUCGGCCAACAUGGCGGAGGCUACCACUACGAUGAACUCUCGCCAGCAACACAAGUCCAAUUCAAAAAGUUUUGCUAUAUCGCGACCAUUCUUUACUGCCCCAUGGCCCUCUUCGUCAAAAUCGCUCUUUUGUCCAUCCUGACCCGGAUCUUCGCUCCUUACCGCGGCAAAGUCUGGUUCAUCUACAUCUUCCUCGGCUGUCUGUGUGUCUACUACACCAUCGCUCUGAUUGUGAAGAUCCGCAUGUGCGACCCCAUCCCCAUGUACUGGCUCGGCGCAGUGCCCGGCGGUUCCUGUCUCGACCAGACCGCUGCCCUCAUCGCCGAUUCCGUGAUCAGUGUCGUCAGCGAUAUCAUCAUCCUCAUUCUCCCCCUGCCAUUGACCUGGUCUCUUCAAAUGUCCCGCAAUCGAAAGCUCCGUGUUAUGGGUCUGCUGGGUGCUGGUGGUCUUGCUACGGGAUUCAGUCUGUACCGAUUGGUUCUGGUGCUGAGCAAGGGUAACUCACCCGAUCAGAGCAUCGUGUUUAUCUGUGUCAUUUUGUCUGGAAACGCCGAGGGUGGUAUGGGAUUGAUUUGUGCCUGCCUACCUGUUCUCAACGUCUUGCUGGCGUACUACAAGAAGGAGUACUCCUCGCAAAAGUACUACCAGAACGGCUCGAACGUUCCACUCAGCGAGAGAAAGACGGGUGCUACUUCGAAGGCCGCUUCGGAGUGGGAUAAGGCAACGAGCUUUGGCGAUCAGAGCCAUUUGAUCUCGUUCGCCGGUGCGCCGGAGGCAGAGAGUGCUGAGUCCAUCUACAACCACGAUGGAAUCAGGAAGACUGUCGCUGUGUCACAGACCGUCGAGUCCUCAUAA